AGCAUUCAAGACCAGAGUGUGAGGAGAUCCGACUAUUGUGAGUCUCCUUGGGUGUUUUCCACGGAGAAGGGGAGAGGGAACGAGGAGAAAAGAGAGUGGAGCAGAAGCAGCAGCAGCCUUCAACCCAAUUGAUUUGCUGCAACUUGAAUUUAGAGCCGCAAUUUAAACUUAUGAAAACAUCUCUAUCCACAGCUGCCUCCAAGCUCAGCGGAGCUCACCCCAAAAAUUUGACCCCGCUGUUCUAUUUGCCACGCUCCCCCUUUGUUGACUGUCGGGCUGAGUCGCGUCCAGGGAGACUUAACCGCGUCAGAGCGUUCAUCAAGUGGUGGAGCGGUCGGAGGUAGCCAGAGCCGUCAUGGCCGUGUCCCAGGAGCAGAGUGUGUGUUUGGGGCUGUGGAUGGUCCUUUUGCUUGGUGCGGGCAUGGAGGACGCCGUGGAGGGAUGCAGCUGCCACCCUUCACACCCGCAGCAGCUCUUCUGCAGCGCUGAGAUUGUGAUAAGGGCAAAGAUCUCCGGAGAGAAGAUCGUGUCACCUAGCAACAGCUCCUCACCUUACAUGAAGAUGAUCCAGUACGAGAUCAAAAUGAUCAAGAUGUUUAAAGGUUUUGACCGGGCCAAGGAUAUCCAGUACGUGUACACGCCUGUCUUCUCCUCCUUGUGUGGAGUCAAGCUGGACUCCAACAACAAAGCAGGGUAUCUGCUCUCAGGGAGUAUGUGGAACGAUGGCAGGAUUUCUAUUGGCCAGUGUGACCUGGUGGAAUCAUGGGACAACUUGUCCCUUUCGCAAAAGAAGAACCUUAAUUACAGAUACCAGCUGGGCUGUGAAUGCCGAAUCAACACGUGUUACACGGUGCCGUGUGCGUCUACAGGCGAGAACGAGUGCUUGUGGACGGACUGGCUGCUGGAUAACAGUCUAAACGGGGAGCAGGCCCGGCAGUACGCCUGCGUGCGCCGCUCGGACAUGAGCUGCAGCUGGUACCGGGGCGGACCUCAACCAGAUAAAGACUUCUUGGACAUGACCGACCCCUGAUCGACGACGCUGCCCCCGUCUGUAUUCCUGCUGAAAAAUGCCUCAUCAAAAAUGAAACAAAAAAUACUGACAAAAGGAAAACUGCUAAUUUGAGCAAAGUCUGGGUGCGUAAAGCAGAAAAAAAAUGUAAUUUAGGAAGAAUUUAAAGAGCUUUUAGUGGUCAGGUGGUGGCUGGAAGAAAAUGCUAUAAAAUGAAGGAGAUUCCUACGUUUUUGUGUCAAUCACGUCACUUAUUUGAUAUUACAGAUCACAGCUACACUGCAAUGUGGGUAAAAAGGAACUCCUUUCCACAAAAAUUAAAGACCUCUCAAUGGUUUAUUUAUAACAUUUUUUUUAAAUUAGGCUAAAGUUUAGAAUUUGUCCAAUAAAAUGAGAGAAUUGCUGUUUUCCCACAGUUUUUCAGCUGUGCGACUGUGCAGCAUACUAAGUUUGUUGGAGAUAAUGAUGCUGUUGUGUGAUAGACGGCAUCUGAGCCUCACUAAAACCUUUCAGUCCAUUUGCUCAGACGAAAUCAACACCCUGACCCACUGGGACUCUGGAAACUAUGAACGAGACGCAGCAUUCUUCAUUACAGUUUGAUCGGUGAAAGAAAAUAAAAUGUAAAUAUUGUAUUUUAGCUGGACUUAACAUCCUAAAACUAACAAGAUUUUAUGUGUAGUAUAGGAUUUCUUGGGCUUUGGUUCAGCUCUACUUUUUAUCUGUGCCAAAAAUCUAACCCGGUUCUUUAACAAGGUAGAAGCCGAGACUCCCUCUUCUUUCACAAGAAAUGUUUAUUUUUUAUUAAUUUAACUUUUAAAAAGCUAAAGUAGAUAAUCCUUUGCAGUUAAUUUGAUUUCCAAUGAGCUAUUAAAUAUUCAAAAUUAAUUUAUGAAAAGACCUGAAGUCUAAAGUGACCCCUGUCUUGUUUUUGGAUUACUUUAUGCGUUUUAAAAUGCAUUAUUUUUUUGGCUCUAUACAAUUCAAGAAAUUACCAAUUAAAUAUCAAAUUUAUUUCUUGAAAGUAAUUUGAUUAAAAAUGUUAUUUAAAUGUAAAAUUGAAAUAAUAAGUAAUGCCAGGAUCAUAAUGGAUUAUAAUUGGUGAGCCUUAAGCAGGAGGGGGUUAAAACAAUUUUAUGUUUGUUUUAUAUGAAAAGUAUUGUUCGGCUUUGUAUUUAUGUUGUGUUUCUGUCUGAAUAGUUUUCUAUCUACAUGUACCAAAAAAAUCUGAUUAUAUAUAAAAUGUCUCAGUGGAAAAAAAGUGUUGUUGUCUUUUUGUUUCCACUUGAAAAAGUUUUUUUUUUUUUUUAACACAUCAUCCUUUAUUCUAGUGUAGAAAUGUCUGAAUACCUCUGAGUGUCUCUGGAAUAUUUGUGGGAGGGUUGAAUUAAUGUUCAUUUCUCUCAAUAAACAACCCUAUAGUGGUAUUUUGAUCCAUUCACACA